CGUAAUCGAAGACCUUCUCAGAGAAAGAGACUGCUUUACAUUCAAAUCGAACCAGCUAUGAGUAUCUGGAUGAUCUGCAACCAGGUGUACCAUAAGGCUCCUGGUAUGCUUUUUGUUUCAGGGUUCCUGAAGAAAAUUAUGCGCCACUUUCUUGGGCUGCUCCGAGUGUUUCGAGGAGAACAAGAUACAGCCGCCAGCGCAAUUGGCCAGCACCAGAAGCAGGCUCCGCCGGCGAAGCUUCAUGAUCCUCGACCGGGAGAACUCGAGGAGAUUCUCAUCGCUACUGUGCAAACAGGUUGCAGGGUAGAAGAACUUGACCCUUCUGAUGACAGGCAUUGUAGGCUUUGCGAUACAAGUGGUGAUCAUAGUACUGAAACGUGCCCCGAAAGAUCCAAGGCAUAUGUAGUGCUUUGUGGGAUUUGUGAUGAUGGCCCAUGCGAAAAUGAGGCUGACCACAAGGAAGAACAUUACGAAGAACUCCUUUGUUGUUAUAUUUGUAACAAGGUUGGUGAGCACUGGACUGAAAAUUGCCCUGACAACGAUUGUGACUUCGAUCCUCCCAACGGCUGGGACAUUACAGAGAAUAAACGGAUAGAUUUGUUCCCUCCGUUAUAGGCUAUCAGUGCCAAUAUCAGCUUAGCUUGUGAUCCUCAAAUAUUUUUAAAUUUACCAUAUU